CCUCCUCACCCCCAGAGCAUCCCGGAGCCCUCGGAUCUGAGCAGGCAGGUGGUGGGCAGCCAAGCUUCCCUAGAAAGAGAAGGAUUCCUGCCCGUCCUCACCUUGACGGAUCCUGCGAAAAUGCCCACUAACCGCAGCUCUGGAGCCUGGCUUCUUUCUCCUCUGGUGGUGGGUGCUUUGGGUGACAGGCUUUCUGGCUCAGCAUCUAAUCGGCAGGCCUCAAGCAGAGGUGGUGCCCAUCAUGGCCACCACCAUGACAACAGCAGGCAUCUGGGCCCGCUGGCAGCCAAUCUCUCUGGGUACAGCAAUGGUUCUGUUUCUGAUGCACUUAAUCUGGUGGGCCCUGCUAGCACCAAUGCCUCUGGGUCUUGGGGGUCUGAUUCGCUAACUGCUUCUGGGCAUCUCUCUCACCCUGGCCUCUACGAUGAGGUGCCCUCCUCCCUGUCAAGACUGGCUUUGGCCCCGGGGCGCUGCGUGCCCCUGCCAGCCAAUCUGCCCUUCUGCAGCCAACCGGGCACUGAGUGCCUCUGGCUGCCCAACUAUGCCCACCAUGACAGUGCCCAGCAGGUGUGGGCAGCCCUGCGAGAGUGGGAGGCGCUGCUGCGCACUCGGUGCCACCGCUUCCUCGAAGCCUUCUUCUGCUUGCUGCUUGUGCCCCGGUGUAAUGCCUCCAACCCCUCGAUAUGGCCGCCGCCACCACCUUGCCGCGAGUUCUGUGAGGGCCUCCGAGACCUGUGCUGGAGCCAGCUGCACGAGGGCCGGCUGCCCGUGCCCUGCUCCUCACUCCCAGCCCAGGGGGAUGCCCAGCAGGCCUGUGUGUUUAUAGAUGUGACUGCAGAAAACUUCAGCGCAGAAGUGAGCCUCCCUCAGCUCCUGGGGCAGCCUCCCCCCAAGCACGUUUCCCAGAUCUAUGACCCUGACAUCGGCCUCGCUUACGUCUUUGGGCCCAAUGCCAACAGCGGCCAGGUAGCACGGUACCAUGUGCCCAACCCCUUCUACCGAGACUUUUCUCUGCUCUUUCACAUCAAGCCCACCAGUGAGCGGGCCGGGGUGCUGCUGGCCCUCACUGACGCGGCCCAGGCCAUUAUCUCCAUGGGCGUGAAGAUCUCGGAGCCCCACGGUGGCAAACAGGACGUGCUCUUCUUCUACACUGAGCCUGGUGUGGGGGAGACGCACACAGCAGCCAGCUUCAGCCUGCCGUCCUUCGUGAACCAGUGGACGCGCUUUGCCAUCAGUGUGGACGGAGAUGAGGUCGCCCUCUAUGUGAACUGUAAGGAGAUCCAGAGGCUCCCUCUGGAUCGGUCUCUGCAGGAGCUGGAGCUGGAACCCGGCGCUGGCCUCUUUGUGGCCCAGGCGGGAGGAGCUGACCCCGACAAGUUCCAGGGGGUGAUCUCCGAGUUAAAGCUGAGAGGGGACCCCCGAGUGACUCUGCUGCAGUGUCUGGAUGACGACGAUGACGACAGUGAUGGGGCAUCUGGAGACUUUGGGAGUGGAGCUGAUGAGCAGGGAGAACCCUCAGGGUCAGAUGUGGAGCCUCCCUUAUCACCCAGCCUCCCAGUGCCUCCUCCAGUCACGUUGCCACCCCUGGACACGACCACCACGAGUUCACAGCCAGGCCUUGUCAAGGAAGAAGAUGCCCACAUAUCUUCCUCGGGAGCUCAGCUCUAUUCCCAUGGAGGGGAGGAGGCCAGAGACCCCACAAGGCUUGAGGGGACUCAGGACCAGGACAGAAGACUAACGGAGGAAAGCGCCAGAUUCGGGUCUCCAGGCUUGAAGGGACAGAAAGGUGAACCUGGGGUCCAGGGCCCACCUGGACCUGUUGGUCCCCAGGGGCCUGCUGGCCCUGCUAUCCAGAGUCCAGACAGUUCCACAGUGCACCAGGUCCCUGGACCACAAGGACCCCCAGGGCCUACCGGACCCCCUGGGAAAAAUGGAGAGCCAGGUGAUCCUGGUGAGGAUGGAAAACCUGGUGAGAUGGGGCCUCAGGGCUUCCCAGGAACUCCAGGAGACGUGGGGCCCAAGGGUGACAAGGGAGAUCCUGGCACUGGGCCGAGGGGCCCUCCUGGCCCACCGGGGCCCCCAGGACCUCCUGGGCCUGCUUUCAGACCUGACAAGUUGACUUUUAUCGACAUGGAAGGGUCUGGCUUUGGAGGGGACCUGGAGAGUAUACGGGGUCCUCGAGGCUUCCCAGGGCCGCCGGGACCCCCGGGCGUGCCAGGUUUACCGGGUGAGCCGGGUAGGUUUGGAAUGAACAGCACCGAUGGCCCCGCCCCCCCAGGCCUUCCUGGGGUGCCAGGCAGAGAUGGAUCCCCUGGAGUCCGAGGACCCCCAGGCCCAGCGGGCCUUCCAGGAAAGGAUGGACGGCAAGGGGAACAAGGGCAGAAAGGAGAUCGGGGUGACGUGGGAUCCCCAGGACUAAAGGGCAGCAAGGGUGAUGCCGGCCCAGUUGGAGCUCCGGGUGAAACAGGCUUGGCUGGUCUCCCUGGACCGAUGGGCCCUCGGGGGCUGCCGGGCCCCCCCGGUCCUCCAGGACCACCUGGCCCAGGCUGGGCAGCUGGAUUUGAUGACAUGGAAGGUUCCGGGGUGCCAUUCUGGACUGCCACCCCCAGCACCCGAGGGGCCGAAGGACCACAGGGACCACCUGGAUCUCCUGGGCUCAAGGGUGAUCGUGGCUUGGUUGGACAACCUGGAGAAAAGGGUGAUCCUGGCUUUCCUGGGCUGCCCGGGAGUGAAGGCGUGCCAGGGCCUCAGGGUCCAAAAGGGGAUCCGGGAAGCCAGGGGCAGAAGGGAGAACCAGGGAAGGAUGGUGUGGGGCAGCCUGGCCCUCCUGGGCCUCCUGGCCCUCCAGGAGAGGUGACCUACAUAUCUGAAGAAGGGAAAACAUUUGCAAGCGUAUCAGGGCGUGAGGGCAGACCCGGCUAUGCUGGAUUCCCGGGCCCAGCUGGUCCAAAAGGAGAUAUUGGUGCUAAUGGGCCCCAGGGUUCCCCAGGAGCCAAGGGAGAGAAGGGCGAACCUGGCAGCGUCCUCACACUCACUGAGAAAGGAGCCAAGGGGGACCAAGGCUACAGGGGGCCCCCGGGCCCCUAUGGACGCCCUGGGCACAAAGGUGAAAUUGGAAUUCCUGGAAGACCAGGCCGCCCAGGCAUGAAUGGACUGAAGGGGGAGAAAGGGGAGCCUGCAGAGGCCAAUGGAGGCAUAGGACCAAGGGGCCCUCCUGGACUCCCAGGGCCCCCAGGGCCCCCUGGCCCCCCAGGCCUCCUUGGAACUUCUUUCUAUGACAAUAACGGAUUCCUAGAGUCUGGCCGCCCUGGGCCUCCAGGAUUGCCGGGUUACCAAGGUUCCCCUGGACCCAAGGGUGACAAGGGAGAAGCCGGACCUGCCGGACCACCAGGGAUCCUGCCGUAUGAUUUCACCACUCUGGUGGAGCACAUGAAGGGGGAAAAAGGGGAAGAAGGCAUGAAGGGGGUAAAGGGUGAGCCCGGCAGUGGAGGAUUUUUCAGCUCUGGAAUCCGAGGCUUGCCCGGCCCUCCAGGCCCCCCAGGGAACCCCGGUGUUCCGGGUCCUAAGGGAGAGAGCAUCAGGGGUCAGCCUGGCCCCCCAGGACCUCAGGGGCCUCCAGGCAUAGGCUAUGAGGGACGGCAGGGUCCCCCUGGGCCCCCCGGACCCCCAGGACCACCGUCAUUCCCAGGACCCCACAGGCAGACUAUUAGUGUCCCUGGCCCCCCAGGACCUCCAGGACCCCCUGGCCCCCCAGGGACUUCAGGAACAUCAUCAGGGCAGCUGAGAAUCUGGACGACCUACCAGACCAUGCUCAACAGAGCCCAUGAAGUACCUGAAGGCUGGCUGGUCUAUGUCUCGGAGAGGGAAGAGCUGUAUGUGCGAGUACGUCACGGCUUCAAGAAAGUCCUGCUGGAGGCCCAGACUGUGCUCUCUCGGGGGGUGGAUAACGAGGUUGCAGUCCUGCAGCCCCCUGUUGUCGAGUAUUCACCAGGGAACUCUGCCCCGUCAGGCUCCCACAUCCAAGAUGGCAGCCUUCCCUAUCCUCGCCGGGGCUAUCCACAUUCAACCGCCAAGCCCUGGCGGGCAGACGACAUCCAGGCCAACUACCCACGAUUCUCCGAGCACGCCAAUCAUCACCCGCCGUAUCAUGGUGUCCAGCAGCACCAUCACGACCGCAUCCCCAGCUACCACGGCUCCUACACCAACGUCCGGCCCAUGCAGCCCACGGCCUCUCCACUGCACAGGCACCAUGACUUCCAGCCUGCUCUUCAUCUCAUUGCUCUCAACGGUCCCCAGACGGGUAGCAUGCGUGGCAUCCGGGGGGCCGACUUCCAGUGCUUCCAGCAGGCCCGGGAGGUGGGUUUGAUGGGCACCUUCCGGGCCUUCCUGUCCUCCCGGCUCCAAGACCUCUACAGCAUCGUCCGGAGGGCGGACCGCAGCAACGUGCCCAUCUUCAAUCUCCAGGACGAGAUUCUUUUUGACAGCUGGGAGGCCCUGUUCUCAGGCUCAGAAGGCCAGCUCAAGCCUGGCUCUCGCAUCCUCUCCUUCGACGGCAAGGAUGUUCUCCGACACUCUGACUGGCCACAGAAGAGUGUGUGGCAUGGCUCUGACACCAAGGGACGCCGGCUGACAGAGAGCUACUGUGAGACCUGGCGGACAGACCAAGGGGCUGCCACUGGCCAGGCGUCCUCCCUGUUCUCGGGCAAACUGCUGGAGCAGAAGGCCGCAAGCUGCCAGAACAGCUUCAUUGUCCUCUGCAUCGAGAACAGCUUCAUGACCUCUGCCUCCAGGAAGUAGGAGCCUGUCCCUGCAUGCUGGGGGUGACUGUCGGAUGCACAGAGGACAGGGACAAGUUCAGGGAGUGACCAACAACCCGGGGCAGAGGGGCCAGAGGGGCCCAGGGCCAGCCCCAGACAGGCUCUGGCCCGGCUAGCCCGUGUCCUGCACGGCUCCGACUUUCAUGUAAUCACUGAAGAAAUAAAAAGAAGCCAAAGAGUGUAUUUUUAAAAAA